AAGCCUUACUGUGUGCAUCUCUGCGCAGUGCGGGUCUGCAGCUCGGGACACCCCCGCGUCGAGCUACCAUUGGUGCCACAGGCGCUGCGGCACGGCUCAGGGCUCUCCGCCCCCAAGCAUAAGAAGCCAGCAGGUGCCAGGGCCCCGACCGUGUUCCUGACCAUCGCUGAGCUGCAGCUCCGCCGUCAGCAGGGAGGUGAGAGGGGCUGGGGACGCAGGGCAGGUGCUUCGCUGUCGGAGCCGGCAAGCUGGUGCUGUGGGAGGGAGAGGCUCGGGGACUGCUGUGCUGGAGUAGCGCUCUGCCCUCACACAGGACAGCAUCGAGGAGCUGAAAUUAUCCUGGGUCCAGCGGAUGGGAAACAGGCAGUGCUGCUGGCUACUGGCUCAGCCUGGUGCAGGCAGGACGUAAGCACAUGAGUGGCUAUUAGGAUGCAUAAAUUAAAUACUUCAGAAACGUUUUCUGUUUGGAAACAGCCUUGCAGUUCAGACAUAACUGCUGCAGAGGGGAGGGCAUCUGCUGGACAGUCAGGCUGCAGGAUGACAUUCAGUGCCUUCUGCAUCAGGCCAGGCACUGAUGAAACAGGAGCCAGGCACCAGGGCAGAGGCUCAUUACUAAAUGAGUGUCAGACAAUUUUUUUUUGUUGUUGGAUGGUCGCUUGCUUUUUUCCCCCUAGUGUCAGUGCAUUCAACAGCUUUGGGUGCUUUUGCAUUUCUCCCCUUCAGAAUAUCUUGGGUUUGGCUGUUUCUGAAAUCUGCAGAAAACGCUGCAAUUAUUAAUAUUCCUGAGAAGGUCUCCAGAUGAAGCGCAGGAGGAAAGAAAAGAGAUGUCUUUAUUUUUUUCCCACUGGCACCCACCAAAACUGACUCCUGCCUGCAUCCCCCCCAACUGUUCAGCUGGAGAUGUAACUGCAGGCAAGAAAAGGCAGAGGCAAGGGCAUAUGUCAUGGAAGUAGAAAGCAAAGUGUUUCGGAAAUUCACCCCGUUGCCUGCUCCCAUUCCAAGCAAGCAGGGCAAAGCAAUGGGCUAAGCAGCAGGAACCAAAGAAUAGGUGAGGCGACAACAUGCAUGAUUAAAUAAAUGCAUUUUUCAUCAAGUAAGAAAAUGGCAUAAAGAAAUGGUUUACACCAUCCAGUUCCUGCUGCACUUUGAUUUGUGAGGAGGUCUGAGUCAUUUGACAGCAGGUUUCCCUCCUCUUCACACAAGGAGUGCCAGGUACUUGGGCUGAGAUGGAGCCAAACCAUAGCAAGACCUGGAAGAGAUGCUCCAGCUGCACAGCCUGGAACCGUGUGGCAACAGGGGAACCAGGAUGAAGCCCCAGUCCCGGGCACAGUCUAGUGCUUUAUGCUCCUGCAGCCCGUUUCUUGUAUGUGUAGAAUUUCCCAAAGGGCAUCAGCAACACAGGUUUAACAGAUAAUCCCAUCCCAUCUGACAGCUGUCUCUGCAUGUAUGGGAAAUGCAGGAACGUCUGCUGGAAGCUCCCAGGGCUUUGCCAUCUCUCUCCUCCUCAAUUUCUCUUCUGUGCUCUGCUCACAACAGAGACCCAAGGUGCCAAACUCACGUCGGUCCCAGGGGAUGUGCCCGCUCCGGGGAUGGACCAUUACAGGCACUGCUUGUGUUGUAGCUCUCCUUGACUCCAGGGCUCUCAGAGACAGAGCCAAGGUCUCUUGGGAUCUUUCUCCCUGAAGUGAGAGCAGCUAGGGGGGGGCUGUUCUGCAACAUUCUUGGAGUGCAGGGUCUGACACUGCUGACGUUGGGGGGCAGCCCAGGGCAGCACACUUGCACAGCAAAAGGCAUCACUGCAGCUUGACUAGGCUAAUGCACCCAUCGCCUCCCUCUGUCCUCAGGACUGCACCGUGACCAUGUCUGAGCUGGAGAAGGCCAUGAUCGCCGUCAUUGAUGCCUUCCACCAGUACUCAGGGAAAGAGGGAGACAAGCACAAGCUGAAGAAAUCGGAGCUGAAGGAGCUCAUUAACAAUGAGUUGACCCAUUUCCUUGGCGAGAUCAAAGACCAGGAGACUGUGGACAAAGUCAUGGAGGCGCUGGACAGCAAUGGGGAUGCAGAGUGUGACUUCCAGGAGUUUGUAGCCUUCAUCGCCAUGGUCACCGCUGCUUGCCAUGAGUUCUUUGAGCAUGAGUGAGCCAGUGGGAAGCAGCUGAGCACCUCCCACUCAAGCUGGAGAGAUGCAGAGCAGUACCACGUCUCCUGGGGAAAGACUGGGUAUGCUUAGGGGCUCCUUGGAGUUAAGCUUGUGCUAGUCUUAAGCAGC